AUGGGUAUGUUUGCUCGUUAUCUUCGUAAGUGGGAAAAGGUUGCUACAUGUACAGCAGUGAAAAAAGCUUUGCAAUUAUCCGAUUUCGAUAGGUUCAAAUCCUGGAACUCUACUGAAGUCCUUGGUUCCAUGGAUAAUUUUAUAAAAAAAUCUUAUGACAGUCAUUAUGGGAACUACACUGGGGAAGUGGUAGACCUUCUUAGUUUCUUGAGGAAUUUGAAUAAUCAUUAUCAUCAGUUAAAGGCUUUCUCUGUUAAUGUCGUGGAUGUGGACCGUGGUGUUCAGAAGCUGUUUCCUGGGUUUUUGGAGCUCCUAUUGAUAGAUUUCUCAAGUAAUAGAUUUGAAGGAGAGAUUCCAGCAGGUGUCAUCGGGAAUCUAAGAGGCCUUCUUUUCCUUAACUUUUCCAACAACGCUCUCACUGGUCUCAUCCCGUCAUCUUUAUGGAACUUGACGGCUCUUGAAUCGUUGGAUCUCUCCCAAAACCAGCUCUCAAGAGGGAUCCCCAAUAAUUUGGCACAACUCACUUUCCUUGAAUAUUUCAAUGUAUCCUAUAACCAUCUUUGGGGUCUUAUACCACUUGGCCAACAAUUUGGUACAUUAGUAGAAGUUUCAUACCAAGGAAACUCAGGUCUGUGUGGAAAGCCUUUGUCAAAGAAAUGUGAUAGCUCAAUAUCGCUACCGCCAUCAAUCUUUGAAGAAGAUGAAGAUUCCGGGUUUCAAAUUGCACUAGAUUGGUAUGUGGUUCUGCCAGGAGUUUUUAGUGUGGCUGGGAACUUUUGGACAAGCAAGAAUCAUGAAUGGUUUUUAGAGAAAUUUAGCAGAAAGAGGCAGCCAAGAGUCACACGGGGAAGGAAAGGACACAGAAACUAG